GAGGGAGGAAGGGGGCGGUGGCAGGAGGCAGGAGGGAGGUGGAGCGCGGAGUGGUUUUUCCGGUGCCGAAGAAAGCGGGCGUUAUCUGAAAGAAGGGACCGGGACCUGGCGGGAUUUAGGGGCGAUGUGGACCCAGGGCGACCUGUGUAAUGGAUGGGUUGUGCGAGCAACACAGUUUUGCGGUGACCCAAGAACAGAGUAUCAUAGGGAGUGGUUAGGCUCCAUGAUGGAGGUGGGUGCAAGGAGCACAGUCUUUGGAGCUGGACCCAGCGGUCUGCGACGACGUGUUCCGCUCACUGCUGAGUGAUCUAGUGCAAGUUCCCGCACCUCUCUGAGCCUCAGUUUCCACAUCUAUAGAUGGGAAUAACAAUCAUAUACGACGCACAAGAUUGCUGUACGAUUGAGUUAGAGGAGAUGAUGCCUGUGCCUCCCUGCCUCGUGAUACACUGGCCUGUAGUGAACCUUCAAUAAAUUGUCAUGGUAGCUGUUAUUGCCAUUAUGUAGGAUUUGCGGAAGGCAGGAGGUGUCGCAAUGGAAUUGAGGCGGCCAGGGCAGGGUUUGGCGGUGAUGAUAAUGGUAGGGAUAUUGGGUGACCUGAAGGACAGGUGGGCUUCAGGGGCGCUAUAGAUAAAGCAUGGCGCUACAGCGAUGAGGUAGGAAGAGGCCCUAGCAUGAUAAGGGCAGACUUGGGGUGUGACCGCAAUGAAGGUGAGUGCUAAGGAGCAGAUGGCACGAGAUGAAAGUGGAGUGGAGGCGGUGUCCUCGGGGAUGGGGGCGGAGUGGCUGUGGUGACCUGGCUUGGGCGGCGUCUCUGAGGAGCUGGCUGGCUUUGGGUUUCCCCCGGGAGGAGCUGUUUUGCGGCGGGCGGAGCUGCAGGCUGGGCAGGGCUUAGCCUGUGCGCUUCUGCUGGCCUCCUUUUCGCCCUCCCACCCGCACUGCAGUCUCCAGCCUGAGCCAUGGGCCGCCGAGCCCUCCUGCUCCUGCUUCUGUCUUUUCUGGCGCCCUGGACCACCAUAGCCCUCCGGCCGGCAUUAAGGGCCCUCGGCAGCCUACACUUGCCAACCAACCCCACAUCCCUCCCGGCUGUAGCCAAGAACUAUUCGGUUCUCUACUUCCAACAGAAGGUUGAUCAUUUUGGAUUUAAUACUGUGAAAACUUUUAAUCAGCGGUACCUAGUAGCUGAUAAAUACUGGAAGAAAAAUGGUGGAUCAAUACUUUUCUAUGCCGGUAAUGAAGGGGACAUUAUCUGGUUUUGUAAUAACACGGGGUUCAUGUGGGAUGUGGCUGAGGAACUGAAAGCUAUGUUGGUGUUUGCUGAACAUCGAUACUAUGGAGAGUCUCUCCCCUUUGGUGACAACUCAUUCAAGGAUUCCAGACACUUGAAUUUUCUGACAUCAGAACAAGCUCUGGCUGAUUUUGCAGAGUUAAUCAAACACUUGAAAAGAACAAUCCCAGGAGCUGAAAAUCAACCUGUCAUUGCCAUAGGAGGCUCCUAUGGUGGCAUGCUUGCAGCCUGGUUUAGGAUGAAAUAUCCUCAUAUGGUAGUUGGAGCUCUUGCAGCUUCUGCCCCUAUCUGGCAGUUUGAGGAUUUAGUACCUUGUGGUGUAUUUAUGAAGAUUGUAACUACAGAUUUUAGGAAAAGUGGUCCACAUUGUUCAGAGAGCAUCCGCAGGUCCUGGGAUGCCAUUAAUCGACUGUCAAAUACUGGCAGUGGUUUGCAGUGGCUUACUGGAGCCCUUCACUUAUGCAGCCCAUUAACUUCUCAGGACAUCCAACAUUUGAAAGACUGGAUCUCUGAAACCUGGGUGAAUCUGGCAAUGGUGGACUAUCCUUAUGCAUCUAACUUUUUACAGCCUUUGCCUGCUUGGCCUAUCAAGGUAGUGUGCCAGUAUCUGAAAAAUCCCAAUGUAUCUGAUUCACUGCUGCUGCAGAAUAUUUUCCAAGCUCUGAAUGUAUAUUACAAUUAUUCGGGCCAGGUGAAAUGCCUGAAUAUUUCAGAGACAGCAACUAGCAGUCUGGGAACACUGGGUUGGAGCUAUCAGGCCUGCACAGAAGUAGUCAUGCCCUUUUGUACUAAUGGUGUCGAUGACAUGUUUGAACCUCACUCAUGGAACUUAAAGGAACUUUCUGAUGACUGUUUUCAACAGUGGGGUGUGAGACCAAGGCCCUCCUGGAUCACUACUAUGUAUGGAGGCAAAAACAUCAGCUCACACGCAAACAUUGUUUUCAGCAAUGGUGAACUAGACCCCUGGUCAGGAGGUGGAGUAACUAAGGAUAUCACAGACACUCUGGUUGCAGUCACCAUCUCAGAGGGGGCCCACCACUUAGAUCUCCGCACCAAGAAUGCCUUAGAUCCUAUGUCUGUGCUGUUAGCCCGCUCCUUGGAAGUUAGACAUAUGAAGAAUUGGAUCAGAGAUUUCUAUGACAGUGCAGGAAAGCAGCACUGAGAAACUUUUGACUGUUUUCAGUUUCUUCUUUUAUGUUCACACCACCACAUUCCCAUUCACUUUGAUUUUCUACAUGUAAUUACCUUCUUUUGUUUAUCAUUAGAUUUGAUGGGGCCGAGGUUGAGAUAGAAUAGAGGGUGAUGACGGUAAGAGCAACUGUCCCAUGAAUGUGAUUUUCUGGGUUCUCACUGUCUUUGCACCACGUCUAGGAAGAAUCUUUGUGAUAGCUCUCCCACACCAUCAGUGGCCCUCAUAACUGGAGUAGAGUUCCUGUUUGCUUUUCAUAAGAGGUAGAGUCACUUUCUUUGUAUCUCUGCAAGCAGAGAUUUCUCUUUGGUUUUGAGGUUGAAGUGUCUUUGGCCCAUUUGUAAGUCCCCAUCCCUACCCUACACAAAGUAAAAGCAGAAGAUAGAUAAAAAAUGAUGUAAUUGCAGCUGGUAGGAUGUCUGGUGCCAAUCCAGGAAGUGAGAGCCAUUUCUUUUGUACUGGAUUUAAUGACUUUGAACUGUGCUGUAAAUAAAUAAUACAGCUGGACCUUA